AUGGAGUCGCGAGUCGGUCAGUGUCUCUUCAGCUCCCGCCGGAGGAAGGUGUGUGGCUGUACGCGGUCCCUCACUCUUAACACUCCCGCUCUCCUCUCACCUGUCGCGCCACCACUACACCUGAGCCAGCGCCACCGACACACAGGUGCAAAUGCUUCAAGAUUAACUACACUAUGCACCAGCCCUAAGCAAGUCAGUGGCGGGCGUGUCAGUCCCCGGAGCCAGCCAUACGGGACGCCAGCUUAGCAGCGGGUCGACUAACACCGACAGUAGUAAGGGAGCAACAGGAGGAGCAUCAAAUAACCAAGCCAAUUUAAGACACACACAAGGCGUCUCAGCAGUGGCGGGGCUAAGGACUAAGGAGUUCAAGGGAAGAAACGCCCUCCUAUACUGAAGAAGGGCAGUACGAAAGGUUGGGCAUCGUGAGGCAUGGCGCUUCCCCGCUGCCAGACGUGAAAUAGCAGCAGAGCGGAGCAAGCAGAGGCGUGACGGGGAAGGAGGAAGGGAAGGGAAGGAAAGGAGGGAGGGAAGGAAGGUUGCUUGAGAAAUGGAUAUAUCAUUACAGGAUAUGUCUUUGAUGGAAGGCAGAGGCGAUGGACAGUGAGGAGGUGGCGGCGGUGGUGGUGGUGAGGGCAGUUGAUGGAACUCUGUGGUGGAUGCUUCCCCAAGGCAGUACAGGAACCCAGACCAAUUAGUCCACGAGUCGCCAUGAAAGCAAGACACUUCGCCAGGCGGUUCUCCCUUCAGCCGUCUUCAAUACUCGGGCCCAACGAAACCAGCGGGCACAGCGGGGGAGGCAGCGGCAGCCCCUUCCACGGCAGUAGUGGAGGAGGACAUGGACCCAGCGGCGGUGGAGGAGGUGGAGGAGGUGGUGGAGGAGGGGGAAGUAGUGGAUCCUCUGGGAGUGCGACAGCGGGUACUAGUGGAGGUGCAGACACGCAGCGCUCCCGGAGGUACAGAGUGGUGGUGAUGGGCGCCGCCAAGGUGGGCAAGACAGCCAUCAUUAACCAGUUCUUAUAUGACACGUUCACCCCCAAGUACACCAGGACAGUGGAGGAGAUGCACCACGGAGAGUACGAGGUAGCAGGCCUCUCCCUCACGUUGGACAUCCUAGACACUUCAGGCUCCUACGAGUUCCCGGCGAUGCGCGAGCUGUCUGUCAACACUGCCGACGCCUUCAUCCUGGUGUACGCCAUCAACGACGCGGAGUCUUUCGAGGAGGUUCGACAGUUAAGAGAAUUCAUCCUGCAAACGAAGAAGACGAGCGUGCCCAUCGUGGUGGUGGGGAACAAGGCGGACCUGGAGGAGCAGCGUAUGGUGCCCCUGGAGACGGCGGAGACCAUUGUCCUCGUCAACUGGGAGAACGGCUUCCUCGAGACCAGCGCCAAGGACAACCUCAAUGUGCUGCACGUGUUUAAGGAACUGCUCAAACAGGCAAAGAUAAAGUACGCCCUCAGCCCCGCGGUCAAGAGGCGCCGCCAGUCCAUGCCCAACGUGGGGAUGCAGAUCACGCCGGCACAGCUCACCCACCUGCAGCACCUCAAGCAGAAGAGCAGCGGGAAGCGUAAUUCCUGCGUUGUCUCCUAAAUACCUUCUAAUCUGCGUUAUUUACCUUCAUUUGUUCCCGCUGGGUGAAUGAACAGAAAGGAAAUAUGCCUGACUUCUUUAGGGGUACGUGCUGUGAAAUGAGCAACGUAUAGUGUAAUUCGGCGUCGUCUCUUUAAAAAUAUCUUCAUAUCUCUCCAUUAUUUUGUUUCCGUUCUUUUCUGCUCUGGAAUGUUGGCACUAUGUGAAAAAAUAUAUAACCAUGACUUUUAAGUGUGAUAUAGAAAGGGCAGUGGGGAGCGUAACCCCCGCCUCGUCAUACGUUAUCUACCCUCAUUAUUUCUGUCCCGGAGUGAAAUAUGAAAGAAGAGAUGAAGAAUGUGCACGACUUGUUGGGAAUAUUAUUAAGUGCUACAUGAAAAGAGCCGUGGGAAGCAUAACCUUCUACGUCGCCUCCUCGUACUUCAACAUCGUUAUUCAAAUCUCGUUCUUUUUUCCACCCCCGGCUCUGGAGUGAAUAGUUAAAGGAUGGAAGGAAAACAUGCAUGAGUUUUUAGGGUUAUCACUAUGUGCUAUGAAGUGAGCAGCGGGAAGCUAAAGCACUCGUUUGUUGUUGUGUCUUAUACAGUAUGAUCUAUAAUCUAUUCAUUCUCGUAAGUAUAUAGUCUCGUAAUGUUUUCGUUUAUGCCUCCCUGAGGUGCAAAUGCCGAUAACAACAACCAUUGCAUGUGACUUGUAUAUAGCAAUGUUAUCACACGAAACAGAAGAGCAGCGGGAAAUGAUACGCAAAAACAGAAAAUCAAGCAAAAAGCGCGGUAACGAAAAUGCUCCUCAUCUGCUGUUGUCUGCCGCCCAGUAGUGAAAAACAGUGAAAAUAGAAGAAAACGGAAAAUAAAAUAUAAGCUCGGAAAGGUUGGAAAAAAUAUCAAACAGUAAGGAAAAGGAAAAUAUAUAUAAAGAAAUAUGAAUACGAAACCGUUAAAAAAAAUGUGGAUACGGAACUGCUGAAAAAGAGAAAAUUCAAAUCUAUCACAGACGCAAAACUAGUGAAAAUUUCAGAAAAAAAAUAAA